AUGGAGGAUGCUGCUGCGUCUGCAGCUUGCGAGGUGGCAAAGUGCCUGGUGGAUCCGGUUGGUCGGCACUGCGGCUACGUAAUAUAUACCGACCGCUACGUUCGCCAACUUAACGGUGAAGUUAAGGAGCUGGAUCACAGGAGGCAAAGGGUGCAGCAUUCCAUCGAUGAAGCUAAAACAAAGUCGAGGCCAAUCGAAGCAGACGUCAGCGAAUGGAUAAAGAAAGAGAAGACCGUCACCGAGAAGGCGCACGACGUGCUGAAUGACGAUGAAAGAGCUAAGAAAACUUGCUUCUACGGGUGGCUUCCCAACCCGAAGGUUCGAUAUCGUCUCGGCAAAGAGGCGAGCAGGACAGUCAACGACAUCAAGGAGCUCAUUGCGCGGGGUCAAUUCGAGAAGGUUGACUUCGAGAAUCCUCCGCCAGGGCUUGUUGGCGGUGCUUCCGACGUGAAUUUGUCGGCCGGUGAUGGGGGCAACACUAUGCUCAAAUCGCAAGCUUCCACCUUUCAGGGCAUAAUGAAAGCUCUGAAUGAUGAGAAGGUAAAAGUGGUUGGGGUCUACGGGCCUGGCGGCGUGGGGAAGACUACCCUAAUGGAGGAAGUUGAAAAGAAACUCAGGGCCGAGAAGAUAUUGUUCCACUUGAUCGCUAAAACGAAAGUAUUGCAGAAUCCGAACUUGAAGAAUAUCCAAGAUGAUAUCGCUUACUUCUUGGGUCUGGAUCUGAAUGACGAGAAAAGCCCAGUCGGGAGAGCAGAUCGUCUGUCAAAGAAAUUACAAAGCGAUCCAACGAAGAAGAUUCUCAUAAUAUUGGACGAUUUGUGGGAUAAACUCGAUUUGAAGGCAGUCGGAAUUCCAUUAGGAAACGAGAGCAGGGGAUGCAAGUUGCUGCUCACAUCAAGAUAUAAAGAUGUGCUACUACGGCAAAAUAUGCCUGCCUCUCCCAUAUUUUAUCUUAAAGGUUUAGAGGACAACGAAGCUUUCAGCCUAUUUGAAAAGACGGUCGGCAACAGGCUCAAAGAUGAUGAGGAAUUGAAAGUAAUAGCGCCUCAAGUGGUCAAGAAGCUUGCAGGUUUGCCUCUUCUAAUUAACUCUGUCGCGAACACCUUGAAAGAUAGCGAUGUGUAUGCAUGGAGAAAUGCGCUGAUAAAAAUAGACGAGAAAGAAAUGGACACCAUAGUGAAGUUGAGUUACGACCAUUUGAAAAGUGAGGAUGCCAAGUCCUUAUUCUUGCUCUGCGGUCUUAUUGGCGGGACUAUUCGGGUCGAAACUCUGCUGAUACUAGGCAUGGGUUUGGGCUUGUUUGAGGAAUUUAGAAGGACGAUGCAAGAUGCAAGGGAUAGAUUGAAUACUACGCUUGAUAAACUCCGUUCCGCUUGUUUGCUGCUAGAUGAUGGCGAUGACAAUGAAAACGUGACCAUACAUGAUAUUUACAGCGAGGUGGUUGUUUCACAUGCAUUUAGAGGUGAGAAUUCUUUAAUGAUGAAUAGCAAUUAUGGUUCAUGGCCAAAGGAAAAGCUUGAGAAAUGUUGGGCUAUAUGCCUAGCUGAUGUUAACAAAGAUAAGCUUGAUGAACUAAUGACGUGUCGGUUUCCUGGCUUGAAGAUACUCAUGUUGUCUCAACCAAAAGGCUGGCGUUGGUGGCAAAAACACGAUCAUGAAGUGGGAGAUUGCUCGGGACUACCAGAUUUCACAAAUAUGGAGGAGCUCCGUGCCCUAUAUCUUUCCAUGGAUAUCACCAGAUUACCUCUCUCGAUUGGAAUCCUCGGGAACCUCCACUCUUUAUACUUAGACAAUUGCAAUGUGCAGGAUGUGGCAAUUCUUGGCAAGCUCAAAGCAUUGCAGAUUCUCAGCUGCGCAGGGUACACCAUUUCUAGUUUGCCUAGAGAAAUUGGGAAACUUACAAAUCUGAGAUUGUUGAAUCUACGCAAAUGCUACGGCCUUGAAACAAUUGAGACUGGUGUCCUGGAAUGCUUAACCAACUUGGAAGAGUUAUACACUGGCGAAAACUUUGAGAAAUGGAUGGGUAAGGAUCAAAUAUCGUCAAAAUCACGUAAUGCUAGGCUUGCCGAGUUGAAGAGCUUGACAAAGUUAGUCGCUUUGGAAACACAGGUCCUUGAUCCCACCGUACUCUUGGAGGAUAGUGACCUGCCAUUUGGGAACUUGGAUAGAUUUUUCAUCAACAUAGGAAGAAAUCACACGUUUACAGUUAGAGUUAGAUAUUCGACAACCAUGCUACUCAAUUUGCAAGAUUGUGAGAGUAUUCUUUCGAAAGGAUGGUUUCAGAAAACUCUGCAGAAGACUCAAUGCUUAUAUUUAUGCUGGUUAUAUAAAUUCGAAAAGAGCGCUCACGAAUUGUGCACCCAAGGAUUUGAAGAAGUGAAGUACAUCGAAAUUAAAUAUAGCUACUCAAUCAAGUAUAUUGCUAAUUCAUCUUACGGCCUCCCACUCACUGCUUUUACGACGUUAGAGUCUUUGAUCCUUCAUAAGUUUAGAAAGUUGGAGAUGAUAUGCAAUGGUCUCAUCACACCAAAGUCCUUCAGCAAAUUGAGAGCCAUUAGGGUCACAGAGUGCUACCAAUUGAAAUACUUUUGGUCUCUUUCACAUUGGCAGAGACUUAUACAGUUGGAAGAAAUUGAAGUGCAGAAAUGUGACUCAAUGCAAUCCAUUGUCACAUAUGAUGCAGGAGAAGGUAUAGUUUCUAUGGAUAACAAAGUUGAGUUGCCUAAUGUCCUUCGUUUGAUAUUGCGUAAGUUACCAAAUAUGACAAGCUUUUGCACCAGAGCUGAAAUCACAUCAGAGGAUACUUCAAUCCAGGUUUCAUUGCCUCGCUUGGAAUCCUUGGUAAUAGUUGGACUCCUUGGCCAAGAAAAGAUACUCUACAGUGAACUUUCAUCAACAUAUAGCUAUCUAAGAUCGCUACUGAUAAGAGACUCUAAAUCCACAUCGAAGAGUAUUCUGAAAUUAGAUUGGAUUUUGAAGUUGUCGAAUUUGGAAUCAAUGUCACUUGGGAAAUUUCCAUCAGCAGAAGUAGUUUUUGACCUGAAGGAGCUAAAAGUCACCGCAGAUGUUGAGAUUUGUUCUCGGCUAACUAAAUUGACAUUAAAGCAAUUACGAAACCUGCAGUGCAUGUGGAAACAAGAUGUAAAAUUACAAGGAAUAUCGAUAUUUCAAAACUUGAGGGACCUCUUUGUCUAUAAAACGGGGCUAUCAUUUCUUUUUUCGGUGUCUGUGGCUAAAUGUUUUAAAGAAAUUAGAGUCAUUAGAAUGUGGGACUGUCCAAAUAUGAAGGCGGUGAUUGUGGAUGAAGAAGGAAGAAACGAAGGGACAUAUGAUAUUAUAGGGUUCCCCCUACUGGAGCAUCUAUCUAUACGGCAAUGUCCAAUGGAGAAAUUCUUCCCAUAUCCUCAUGGAAAGAAAGAGCCAAUAACCACUACUUCAGAUUCGCAAGAUGCUCACUCUGAUUCCUUCUUUGAUCGAAAGGUACAAAUCCCUUCUAUUGAGAUUAUACCCAUAACAGCCAUAGGCACACGCUUUGUGGAGGGUGUAAUAAAAUCUCUUUGA